UUAAAAUUUCCUGCCAUUGAGUGUUGUGAAAGAGAGCAAGUUUUAGAAACUCAACAACAGCAAUGAAAGGCAAAGAGGGAACGUAGACGAAGAUUUUCAAUAGCUUUAAAGAAUGUUCGUUAAGACUGUUCAUCAUUCGGUUAUUGAAAACGCAUUGGCAGCAGCAUUGGAAUUGAAGUUAAGAAUCCGGCAAUGGUUUUGAGAUCCGAAGAACUUAAAAUUUCAAGACGAAAAUGAAAUGAUUUUUUCGUUUUUUUUGAAGUUGCUAUUUUUUGUUUGUAAUAUUAAAAAAGAUCGAGUGAAGAGUUAAAAGCAAUGGAGUCUCGGAUGGAUCAUUACGAGAUCAUGGAACAGAUCGGUCGUGGUGCUUUCGGUGCUGCCAUUCUUGUUCAUCAUAAAUCCGAGAAGAAAAAGUAUGUGCUGAAGAAGAUCAGAUUGGCGCGACAAACGGAACGUUGCAGGAGAUCUGCACAUCAAGAAAUGGCGCUUAUUGCGCGGGUUCAGCAUCCUUACAUUGUUGAAUUUAAGGAAGCUUGGGUUGAGAAAGGUUGCUAUGUUUGUAUUGUUACUGGAUAUUGUGAAGGUGGAGAUAUGGCUGAAUUGAUGAAGAAAUCAAAUGGGGUGUAUUUCCCUGAGGAUAAACUUUGCAAGUGGUUCGCACAGCUGCUUCUGGCAGUUGAAUAUUUGCAUUCAAAUUUUGUUCUGCAUCGCGACCUGAAGUGUUCCAACAUCUUUCUUACCAAAGAUCAAGAUGUACGCCUUGGGGAUUUUGGGCUUGCCAAAACUCUGAAGGCAGAUGAUUUGGCUUCUUCGGUGGUUGGAACUCCCAAUUACAUGUGUCCUGAAUUGCUUGCAGAUAUUCCUUAUGGUUUCAAGUCUGAUAUCUGGUCUCUGGGCUGCUGUAUUUAUGAGAUGGCUGCUCAUCGCCCUGCUUUUAAAGCUUUUGACAUGGCAGGGUUGAUAAGCAAGAUAAAUCGUUCCUCUAUCGGGCCUUUGCCUUCUUGCUACUCUCCAUCUUUGAAAACACUUAUCAAGGGCAUGCUAAGAAAGAAUCCAGAGCACCGACCCAGUGCAUCGGAACUUUUGAAGCAUCCUUAUUUGCAGCCAUAUGUUGAUCAGUAUCGUCCAUCCUUCAGCUGUCCAACGAAUUGUUCCCCGGAUAAGCAUAUUUCUUCUGGUCGAGAUAAUAGGAAAAAUAUGGCUGAGAGUCAGAAUAGUAAUAGUUCAUGUAGUGAUAAAGAUAGUUUACCUUCAAGUGACAGAAACACUGGCACUAUGGUUUCAAAUAGUAAUAGUAAGGCCACUGACACAGAUUCAAUUUCUAAUGAUGAUGAAGGGACUGAGCCUCACCCACCGAGAGAAGAGGAGAAUGGCCCCGUUAUUUUCUCUGGCAAAGUUGAUGAAAAUGGUACGAGAAAACCUUCUCAUGCAGAACAGGGAUCUAAUGUUCAGUCAAAGCAACCAAAAACCAUCAAAAGUAUUAUGAUGGCUUUGAAAGAAGGGAAAGUAAGAGAAAACGGUUCCCCGAUGAGAGGUAGCCGUGCAAAAGCUGUAGGUGGCUCGACUCAAAGAAAUAAUGUAGAGGCAUCACCCAAAGUUCUCAAACCGCCGGCAUCAACACUUGUUUCAAAAUCUAAUGCAGAUACCAUGACUUCUGCUUCAGCGAAAUUACCGUUAGAUUCGGCAAGAAGGAUACCAGGAUCCCACCAUUUGAAGCACCAGUCACAUUUAAUCGAAUUCUCCCCGAAGACUAAACCUAGACAUGAAGGGAUUCCUCCCCCUGUGCCUGGGAAGCAUGUUGCUGAAGAUGGACUAUCUUCUAAUCCUCGGCUAAGAACUCCUCCUUCCAAUGUUGCAAGAAUAUCAUCAGUUAUGGGAAGAAUGAAGCAUGCAGGAACUGAUGCUUCAGAUGGAGCACUUAACAUGCCAAAGUUAGGAUCAACAGAGAUAAACCCGGGCAGUGAAGCUGUUCCAUGUCAACUGCCCUGCCAUACAAAUGUUUCCAUGGAGGUCACACAAGAGGUUGAGAUAGCUCCGACUGGUGCUAGCAAAGGGGUGGAAACAGAUAGCAACAACCGUGUCUCAUCUUCGAUCUCAAUUCAAGCAUUUGAGAUUUGUGACCAUGCAACAACCUCUUUUAUUGACAUGACAGAACAGACACAUGAUCAUGAGAUAACCACUGGCAUAAAGAGCUUGGAAUUGCAUCCAGCAUCUAGCUCACCCGCUUCUCUGCAAUCAAAGAUACCUGAAAGAGAAAGCCUUGGGCAAGAUCAUGAAUCUGUCAUGUGUUCAACUGAAGAAUCUGUUCCAACCCAGGAUCUUCUGCAUUUUGCAUCAGCUAAUGAAAAAGUCGGUUUAAGUGCCCUCUUGGAUCUUCCGGUCCUGAAUUCUGAAGAAAUAUCUGUUCAUAAAGAUGCUAGUGCUGUAAACAGGACAGUUAGUACGGAUGAUGCUCCUUUAAGCAGGACAAGUAGCAGGGAUGUGUCUAUAAGCCGGCCAACUAGUAGGGAUGAUGCCCCUUCAAGCAGGCCAAGUAGCAGGGAUGAUGCCCCUAUAAUCAGGUUGGGUGUUGGGGAAGAUGCCCUUGUAAGUGGACAAACUACCGGAGAAGAUUGUCAGAUAAGCAGCUCGAGUAAUGACACAAUGCUCCAUUCGGAUGAAACUGUGGCAAGCAGACCUUGUAGUCGACAUGAUACAAUGCUCCAUUCGAAUCUUUCUUCAAUAUCCAGUGGUGAUGACAAGUUCACUGUAAUGGAGCUUCUCUCAUCCAUGGCAGAAUCUACAUCUUGCAUUGCCUCACCAAUUUCAUCUAUCCAGAAUAAUUCACAGCCAGAUAAAGAAACAAAUCCAACCACAACAUCACGUCCUCCGGUAUUUGAUAAUGUUAUACAUGUUAUAAGGCACAGUAGCUUCCGAGUUGGCAAUGAGCAGCCAGUGAUGGAAAAAGUAGAUACAGGUGUCCAAAAUGUGGAUGUUGGGAAACUCAUAAAUGCUGUGAGGGAUGAAUUAGACACAAGAAACGUGACAAGGCCAAUGAACCUCAAGUCAUCAAAUGUUCCUGAUUAUCCUGGCAUUAAAGAAAUGGAUGUCAGGAACUCCAUUUCUUCAUCUCCAAAACUGGAUUCACCAGACCCUACGAAGCCAAGCUCUUCUCUAACAGAAGAAGAGACACCAGCAAAGGAAACGUUGGAUAUCAAGUCUUUCAGGCAAAGAGCAGAGGCACUCGAAGGGCUUCUCGAAUUAUCCGCAGAGUUAUUACAACAGAACAGAUUGGAAGAGCUCUCGGUUGUUUUGAAACCAUUCGGGAAACAUAAGGUGUCCCCAAGGGAGACUGCUAUCUGGUUAGCCAAGAGUCUUAAAGGACUGAUGAUCGAGGAUAGCGGACGAAGUUCAUGAAAUAUUCUUCUUCUUCAUGAGGUAAGCUUUCAUUUCCCUUGCCCAUUCACAUUGUUGGAGCUGCUCCUCUCCUUUCACUUCCAUUUGAUAUUUUAAACAUACAACAAUUAGGUCAUAUAUUUUUCACCUCAUAUUAUUAUUCUUUCAAAUGCAUUUUGUUGUUGUACAUAGUCGACAAUACUUUAUUACAAAUAAGAGAAUUUUUUUUAACAAUAA